GGGAAGCAGAAGGGAUCAGGAGCGGGAGCUGAGGGGAGGGAAAGGCCGGUCGGGUCUGGCCGCUGCGGCUGCUAACCUGAGGUCUCCAGACCCGGUUGCGGAUCGGCCCUCGGCUCCUGAGCACCAUCCGAGAGGCCCCGGCCGGCCAGUGUGUGAGAGUCGCGGGCGGCGGCCGCCGCAUCAUGUCAGCCAAGGACGAGCGGGCCAGGGAGAUCCUGAGAGGCUUCAAACUCAAUUGGAUGAACCUUCGGGACGCUGAGACAGGAAAGAUUCUCUGGCAAGGAACUGAAGACCUGUCUGUCCCUGGUGUGGAACAUGAAGCCCGCGUUCCCAAGAAAAUCCUCAAAUGCAAAGCAGUGUCUCGAGAGUUGAACUUCUCUUCAGCAGAGCAAAUGGAAAAGUUCCGCCUGGAACAGAAGGUCUACUUCAAAGGCCAGUGCCUAGAAGAGUGGUUCUUCGAGUUUGGCUUUGUGAUCCCCAACUCCACAAACACCUGGCAGUCCUUGAUAGAGGCCGCCCCCGAGUCCCAGAUGAUGCCCGCCAGCGUCCUCACCGGGAACGUUAUCAUAGAAACAAAAUUUUUUGAUGACGACCUUCUGGUAAGCACAUCCAGAGUGAGACUUUUCUACGUUUGAGCGAAGAGCGCACGUGCUUCCGGAACUCGGGCCUAGGGAGGAGACUGCUUUGCUUCCCGCAUCUGCGUCCUUGCCCUGACUCAUGAGACCCGGGACCAGCCCUGCAGGUAACCAGGUGGUUCCUCCGAGCUCUUCUCCCACUGAAGACAGGGAGGGUGCGGCCAGCACCCAGGCCAGCACCCA